UUGUGACGGCGCAACGAAGUUCUUAGAGGAAACCGAAUCAUGGCCAUGAUACCAGUUAGUUACAACGAAAAGGAUAAUGUCUGGAGCGGAGCCAAGCGCAACUCUAUAUUCAACUAUGACUCCUCCGUGGGAAAGAUCAUUUUCAACAACAUGAAGAACUGGCCCAAAAACGUGUGUCAGAUUUGUGACGUCGAUGGCAUCACGGUUACUUUUGAGCAAGGACUAACCUGGGCCAUUCGGAUAGCCCAGUAUCUGAAGAAACGAGGACUCAAUCACAAGGAUAUCAUUGGCAUUGCAGCCAAGAACUCCACCUAUGUGAUGCCUCUGGGUGUGGCUUGCCUGAUGAACGGAACUCCUUUUCAUGCAGCUAAUCCUAUGCUGGAUGAAGGAACCUUGACGCAUGUAUUUGCUAUCACGAAGCCCACUCUGAUUUUCUGCGAUGGUCAUGAGUACGAUAAGGUUCACAAGGCCACUGUUGGCUGGCAUCCGGAGAUCUUCACCCUCACCGAUCACGUAGAGGGAGUUCAGAGCAUUGAGACCUUGCUGGAUCCAACAGCCACUGAAAGGAUGUAUCAGCCGGAACCGCUGAAGGAGGGAGGUGAUCAAACCGUGGCCAUCUUGUGCUCCUCGGGAACUACUGGCUUGCCCAAGGCCGUGUGCAUCUCCAACAGCAUCCUUAUUCAGGACAGCAUGUUGGUGAACAGUGAGUCGGUGAUCUUUGUAGGAAGCUGCCUGGACUGGAUUACCGGUCUGUGGGCCUUUGUGUUCAGCACUGUGUUCGGAUGCACCCGCAUUAUCAGCAACAAACCUUUUGCACCUGAAUAUUUUGUGGGUCUGGUGAAGAAGUAUAAGAUCAACUAUGCUGUUCUACCGCCACGUCACCUAUCGGCUUUGAUUACUUGUCCCGCAGCCAACUCGGAAGCGCUGGCCCCCAUCACGCACCUCAACUAUGGCGGCGGAGCAGUAUCCCUAGCCACUUUGCAGCGCUCCCAGGAGCUCUGCGCGAAGGCCAUGUUAAAUUCGGGCUAUGGAAUGACCGAAGUAGGCGCCAUUACGAUCAACAUUGGCAUUAGCAACGUUUCCUCGGCGGGCAGACCUAUUCCGGGUGUUAAGAUUCGCAUCGUGGAUGAGGAGGGCAAGAACCAGGGCUACAAUCAGGUGGGCGAGAUCUAUGUGCACACUGGCCAGGCCUGGAAUGGUUACUAUGGCAAUCCCGUGGAGACACGUCGCAUGCAGGACUUCGAGGGCUGGUUCCACACCGGCGACUUGGGUUAUUUCGAUGACCAAAACUUUUUGUAUAUUGUGGAUCGCAAGAAGGAGAUCCUUAAGUACCAGGGCCUUCACUACUGGCCCACCGAGAUCGAGAGCGUCAUCACGGAACUGCCACAGGUGCAGGAUGUGUGCGUCGUGGGCAUCUACGAUGAGCGGGAGGGCGAUGCCGCCGGAGCUCUAGUGGUAAAGAGCAAGGGAGCCAACAUUUCGGCGAAGGAGAUUGUGGAGCAUGUGGCAAAGAAACUGCCUGCGGUGCAGAAGCAACUCCGAGCUGGAGUGCAGUUCACUGACAAGCUGCCGGCCAAUGUCAAUGGCAAAACGUUGCGCAAGGUGGCACGCGACGUUUUCGUCGCCCAAAGCGGCACAGGAAAGUGAGAUCUUAGGCUCUUCGAUUCAACGUAGUCGAGUUUUUGUUUUUUUAUAAUCAUAAGUGCUGGGAGAUAAUUGAAACACUUCAAAUUAUUAUUAAAGUACCUUACUUGAGGGUCUCGAUAGUGAGGUGACCUUUGGUUUGCAAUAAAUUGUAACUGCAAGACAACUAA